UCAAGCCACACCAGCCUUUCCAGCAGAGCGCGUGUCAACACACUCAGAUACAUGGCCGCAAACAAGAUUUUACCUCAUUUGGCCAUCUUACAAAUAUGACAUCCUUGUCAAAGUUCUCCUCUCUCACACUCUCAUAUUCUCCGGCCACCCCUAUGUCUUAAGAUCCAGGGGAUUUUAUUUAUUGAGUUAGAUUAUCGAGGCGUUGUUUUUCUUUCUAAUUGAGACAAGAUGAGAGGGCGAAGCGAGCACCUUAGUUUUACCCGCAAAGGAGAGAGGAAAACUUCAUCGUCGUUGUUUUUCGUUCCAGGUACCGGGGACAAGUCUUUGGGCGUUUGCGUCUAUCUUCUGAUGGGCUGCUCAUAUCUUAUUGUAUUUUUCACCCUGCCUGUGUCCUUAUUCUUCUGUCUCAAGGUUGUUGCAGAGUAUGAGCGUGCUGUUAUAUUCCGUAUGGGACGCCUGCUACCCGGUGGUGCUAAGGGACCUGGUAUAUUCUUUAUCCUUCCUUGUAUUGAUAACUACGUGAAAGUCGACUUGAGAACCAUAUCAUUUGAUGUACCCCCUCAGGAGAUUUUGUCAAAGGACAGCGUAACAGUGGCUGUAGACGCAGUGGUGUACUACAGAGUCCACAACCCAACCAUCUCCAUCACCAACGUUGAAGAUGCACAACGCUCCACAAGACUCCUCGCUGCUACAACGCUACGGAAUGUUUUGGGGACAAAAACCCUGGGAGAUAUGCUCAUAGACAGGGACAUAAUCAGCAGUCAAAUGCAGUCUGUUUUGGACGAGGCUACGGACCCAUGGGGUGUUAAGGUGGAGAGAGUUGAAAUUAAGGAUGUACGUUUACCAGUGCAGUUACAGAGAGCUAUGGCAGCAGAGGCUGAGGCUGCCAGAGAGGCCAGAGCAAAAGUUGUGGCAGCUGAAGGAGAACAGAAUGCAUCCAGGGCUCUCAAGGAAGCUGCGGAUGUCUUAGCAGAGUCUCCUUCUGCCCUCCAACUGAGAUACCUCCAGACUCUCAAUACCAUCUCAGCGGAGAAGAACUCUACCAUCAUCUUCCCCUUACCAAUCGACCUCCUUACAGGAUUUCUUGGAGGAGGUUACAAAAGGUCAAGUCGGAAGAAGAAAAGAGAACUUGAAAUUGAUGAAGACACGGACGACGAACCAACGACAGUUUGAGCGAGUUUGACUUGAAUUUUUCGAUGAAAUAUUCUUUGUUUGGGAUUAAGUUCAAUUGGGUUUUGGCUUGAGAAGGGCUUGGCUCAUUUCGUUUCAUGAGAUUUUCAUUUCAAUUUUUACCUCAGUUCAGAUUUGGUCUGUCGUUUAUGCAGAAGCCAGAUGCAAUUUGAUAUGAAGCUCAUUAUUAAAGCAAAGUUACACAGUACUCUAGAAUAUGAUAUUUUAUUCUUUUGUGCUAUUUGAAAACAGUGCAAAAAGAAACGUGUAAAUUUAACGUCAUAUUUGUGUGCUAAAAUGUUGUCUGACUCCCACCUCUGAAGUUAAGUUUGUGCAAGGUGGAAGUUAAUUUUUGAAUAAGGUGACUUGUUAAUCUGAAGAGGGACUCAACAGUCAAUAACUUAUGUCAUCAGCUGGCAAUAUAAAAUUCACAGAAAGAAAAACUUAUUUUUAUUUAGGGAUUAUUGUGUUGGUUUUGUUCAGCUCAAUCUUUGCAGCAGGCCUUUUUUUUUGGGGGGGGGGGGGUGUUCCUAUUGAUCCUGUAAUUUUUGAUAAAGUGUCAUUUUUUAUAAAAACUUAAAGCAACUUGAUUUUUUCAUUACCCCAUCGGUGCUAGGGUUCCCUUGAUGGUCUGUACAAUGCAACAAUUGAUCCUCAAUCGAUCCCUACAAAAUGCUACAGGGUGCUGAGGUGACGUGCACGCUUUUACGCACAGAUAACAGGUAUUGUCCAAUGAUUUGCCUCCAUUAACCUCAGUUUUGGCACUUUUUUGGCCUUAGUGAGGGUGCUUUUUUGAAAGUAUGACGUCAUAUGCAAGGGGUCUAUAGAUACAUCCAAGGAACAAAAAUCACCAUUUUGACUGAGUUGGGUACACCAUCAGCAGACUGUGCUAUUGAGAUACAAACAAUGUGAUAGUAAUAUUUUGGAGCCUGCCUUUCUCUUUUUACAGUUUUCUUUUUUGAUGAUCUUAAUUGUGCAUUCAAAUUUUUAAGUAAAGAAACGAGUCUUGCCAGGACAGUCAUGGUUAGGUAUGUGUAGAUCAUGUGCUUCAAAAGAAAGUUUUCUUUCUUGCUUAAGUGCCAUUAUACUUCAAUUUUUACUUUUGAAAAUCUGAAGUGAAAUUACUGUUGAGAGGAAAGGUACAACAAUGGAAACAAAUUAAUUAAGACAGUUCUUUAAGAAACUUAACACUAUAGCUGUGAAAUAACAGGAAAAGA